AGGGUCUUGUGGUGACACCUCUCCAGCGAGACAGAAGUCUUCCUGUAAAAACUGGUAGUUAUUUUACUAAUCGGAACAAUAAUAUAAUCUUCCUCACCAUCCAUGCAGCUCUUUUGGUUUCAUGGCUAUAACACUUUUACUGAUUACAUGCUGAUGAGGGCACGGGUGUGGCCCAUCCCUGGGAGCGCUCAAGGCCGGGCUGGAUGGGGCGCUGGGCACCCUGGUCUAGUAAGAGGUGUCCCUGCCUAUGGCAGAGGCGUCGGAACAAGGAACACUUCAAGAAUGAGUCCACCACAAGACAGAAAUAGAAAUUCCUGCAGCAGCGAGACUCUGGCAAAGUGUCUUCAAGCAAAGAAGGACUUGGAAACAGCUAUAUGUGGAACUGUCAAAGCUGAACAGCAGAUUAAAGAAAACUGGCGGGAGGUCAAGGCCAAGAUCCACAGCCACAUCAGCCGGCAGCUGGAAUGCCUGCGCAGCCGUGAGGUGUGGCUCUUCGAGCAGGUGGAUCUCAUCCAGCAGCUCAAGGAGGAGGCCUUGCAGCAGCAGGCACAGCAGCUCUACUGGUACUUGGGACAGUUCACUUGCCUUUUUCAUCAGCUGGAACGUUCCUACACUAACGAACUGGCAAACCAGAUUUCAAUUUGCCUGGAGAGACUGGAAAGUCUUGCACUUAAACCUCAAGAGUCUUCCAUCCUGAAUUUUGAGGCUGACACAUCUUACCUUCACCAAGCUAUUACCUCAUUUGGUUGCAUUAAAACUAUGCAAACCUCAGAGAAUGCUUCUCCCUGGUUCCCAGGCCAGAAUUGUGCCCUAAUGAACUAUGAGCAGCAGGCGCUGUGCGGGACAGCGAGUGCCUCGCUGGCUGACUGGCUACUCUGAAGCAGGCCUGUGGGGGUGCACCAGGCUCCCUAUGUCCCCAGCACCAAUCUUGAGGAAUGGAUUACCCAAAAGUGUGUGUUAGAGCCCAGCCAGGAUUUGAAUUCUUCCAAAGUCUGCAAUUUUGAGAAAGCCUGGGGAAAUCUGAAGGAUUUGGAGAACUGGCUCCUGCACAAUCAGCAGCGUGAUGUUGCUGGGAAGACACAUUCCCCUGGUUGCAAGGACUCCACCUCUACUGUCAAUUCAUCCUUUUCCACUGUCGAAAAGGUGGAGGAAUUAGAAUCCCUUGGACAAGAAGAGAUGGACCUUUCUGACUGGCUGCUUUCUCCUGACACAGAAAAUGGAAGUAUUGCUUCAGAUGAGAAAUGGAAGAAUGAAUUUAUACCUUUUAGGGAAGAAUGCCAUUUGAAUGAUUGGCUCCUCAAAGCUGAAACAUGUACCAGUUGUCGUGGCAGCCAGAGCAGAAGUGUGGAAAUUGAGAACCUGGGAAAUCUGAAGUGCCUGAAUGAGCAUCUUGAUGGAAAGAAAUCACCUGCUACAUCUACUGUAAAUACUUGGCUUCUUCAGCAUCCUCAGGCCCCCUUUAAAGUGGAAGAUGUGUGCAAAGCUAAUGAUCUGUGUGCCAGCUUUUCAGAAUGUGUGUGUGAUGAAAACUGUGGAAAAGAGGCUCUUUGCAAAUGGCUUCUGAAGAAAGAUGGGAAAGACAAAAAUGGAGUUCUGGUCAGCCAGGGAGAUGUACCAGACCCUGAGCAUGAUAAGACCAAGUUUGCUGCCAGUUCCUGGCUUAGCCCUACACAGCAGCUCCCAGGGGAACCCCUGAGUGCAGAGAAAGCAGAUUAUUCAGCAGAGAUCGCAGAACCCUGGAAAGCAUUGCUCGAGAGGCCUCUGACAAGCUGGCUGGCCAAGGCUGAGCACAAAGCAGAAAGCACAGAAGAAAAGGAGUGUCAGGAAAAAGCAGACAAGAGUUUCAAGAGUCCUUUCCUAGACCUCUUGGCUCCAUUCCACCUCCCCUUAAAUGUAAACAGUUGGGUGUUGUCUUCAAAUGACCUAGAAAAUGCAAACCCAUCUCCAGUGGAAGAUAAAUGGCUUCUGCACAAGAAAGCACAAGACUUUGGCCUUCCUACAGUUUGCAACCUUUUUGCCUGUAUGAAACUCAGUGGAGAUAACAAGAAAUGGUUGUACCGGUCUCCUUUACAGGUAGGGUACAGAUUGAUUAGGCUCAGCUGUUCUAAUACCUAACUUGGAGGUACAGAAUACAGACAGUGGUAGCUAAUGG